AUGGCGAGGCUGAUUCUCCUUACUGGUCUGGUUCUUAUGCUGAAUGCUCAGCUGGGCACUGCCUACCAGCUGACAUGCUACUUUACCAACUGGGCCCAGUACAGACCAGGUCUUGGACGUUUCAAGCCUGAUAACAUCGACCCAUGCCUGUGUACCCAACUGAUCUAUGCAUUUGCUGGCAUGAAGAACAAUGAGAUCGCCACCAUUGAAUGGAAUGAUCUGACCCUUUACAAAUCUUUCAAUGGACUGAAGAACCAGAAUGCAGAACUGAAGACUCUCCUGGCUAUUGGAGGCUGGAAUUUUGGAACAGCGCCUUUCAAUGCAAUGGUUGCCACUUCUGAAACCCGCCAGACUUUUAUCAACUCCGUCAUCAAAUUCCUUCGCGAGUAUGAAUUUGAUGGGCUGGAUUAUGACUGGGAGUACCCUGGUUCCCGAGGCAGCACUGCUCAGGAUAAGUCCCUCUUUACUGUUCUGGUUAAGGAAAUGCGGGAAGCCUUUGAGCAAGAGGCCAAGAAAACGAAUAAACCCAGGCUCAUGGUUACUGCUGCUGUGGCUGGUGGACUUUCCAACAUUGAGUCAGGCUAUGAAAUUCCUCAGCUUGCCCAGUAUUUGGACUAUUUCCAUGUGAUGACCUACGACUUCCAUGGCUCCUGGGAGGGAUACACUGGAGAGAACAGCCCUCUGUAUAAAGGUCCUGCUGACAUUGGUAGCUAUGUCGACUUCAACGUGGACUUUGCCAUGAACUAUUGGAAGAGCAAUGGUGCCCCAGCUGAGAAGCUGAUUGUUGGAUUCCCAACUUAUGGACAUACCUUCGUCCUCAGCAACCCAUCCAAUACUGCCGUUGGUGCCCCCACAUCUGGGCCUGGGCCUGCAGGACCUUACACAAGACAAUCUGGGUUCUGGGCUUACUAUGAGAUCUGCACUUUCCUGAAGAACGGUGCCACUCAAGAGUGGGAUGCUCCUCAGGAUGUCCCCUAUGCUUACAAAGGCAAUGAAUGGCUUGGCUAUGACAACAUCAAGAGCUUUAAGAUCAAGGCUGAAUGGCUGAAGCAGAACAACUUUGGAGGUGCCAUGGUUUGGGCCAUUGACUUGGAUGACUUCACUGGAACUUUCUGCAAUCAAGGCAAAUACCCCUUGAUCACCACCCUGAAGAACGCCCUCGGACUGGAAAGCACCAGCUGCACUCCUCCUGCUCAGCCCAAUCCUCCAAUCACAGCUGCUCCCAGUAGCGGCAGUGGUAGCGGCAGUGGUAGCGGCAGUUCUGGCAGUGGUAGCGGCAGUUCUGGCAGCGGUUUCUGUGCAGGCAAAGCCAGUGGUCUGUACCCUGUGGCCAACAACAAAAAUGCUUUCUGGCACUGUCUGAAUGGAAGAACCUAUGAGCAGCAUUGCCAAACUGGCCUUGUCUUUGAUCCAAGCUGCGAGUGCUGCAACUGGCCAUAAAAUCAGAUUCUCU